CGCUUCAGUGACGUCACCGGGAUGGGCAGGUGGCCACGUAAUGUCGGGGUGGGAGCGCUGAAAAGAGUUGCCUUGCUCCGCCGUCGAUUUUGGGUCAUGAAGAAGAGCAGCGGGAGAAGAAAGAAGACAAGAGACAAGAAGGAAACACCUUAGAAGGCGAGCGAGUUUGGUGCUAACCGGCGUCGCGCUAAGCAGCCCGGCUUGCGGCGGCGGGCGCUCAAUUGCAUCUCCGCGUCGCCACCUGCUGGCCGGGAGACGCACUGUGACUAGCAUGAAGGAUUCUGGGGCCCCCCAUCAUCCUGAUGUUCCAUGGUGACCAGUACCUAGGCCGCACUGAGCAUGUCCGCCAGGCGCCUCACUACGACCAGGUCCCGCCGGGCACGUUGCCCCGGGACCAGCCCUACGAGCCGGAGCCUCUGAGCGCCCAGUCGGCGCCUUACUUUGCCCUCAGCGCCGACCCGCUCCCGCCGCCGCCCCUGCCCGACCAUCCUCCCGUCGGGCUCGACCACCCGAGCGACGGCGAGGGGACCGAGCGGGACCUGGACCCGGCCCUGGACAUCAAACCGGUGCACCGCUUCAUCCCGGACUCGUGGAAGAACUUCUUCCGGGCCAGCGAUCGCAGCAGCAAAAAGGGGGCGUGGCCCGAGGCGCCGUCAUGUAACGACAACAACAACGGCACCAGCGAGGGCGUGCGCUGCUCGCCUCCCCCCACCACCUCCGGGUCCUACCGGGACCCUUACGGGGGCUCGGCCGGCAGCUACAAUUCGGCCAAGGAGCUCCUGGACCUGGGCGAGUCGGCGUCGGCUUCGGGCCGCACCUACCGCACGGCGCUGACCUACAGCGAGCGCGUGGAGGAGUACAACCAGCGCUACGCCUACAUGAAGUCCUGGGCGGGGCUGCUGAGGAUUCUGGGCUGCGUGGAGCUGCUGCUGGGCGCCGCCGUCUUCGCCUGCGUCUGCGCGUACAUCCACAAGGACAACGAGUGGUUCAACAUGUUCGGCUACUCGUCGCCGGGCGGCGCCUACGGCGGCGGCCUCUACGGCGGCAGCGCCACCACCUACACGGGGCCCAAGACGCCCUUUGUGCUGGUGGUGGCGGGCCUGGCGUGGCUGGUGACGGUCAUCGUGCUGGUGCUGGGCAUGACCAUGUACUACCGCACCAUCCUGCUGGACUCCACCUGGUGGCCGCUGACCGAGUUUGUCAUCAACCUGGUGCUGGCCGUGCUCUACAUGGCGGCGGGCAUCGUGUACGUGCGCGACACCACCCGCGGGGGCCUCUGCUCUUACCCCGUCUUCAACAACGGCAUGAGCGGCGCCUUCUGCAGGACGGAGGCGGGCCAGACGGCCGCCAUCAUCUUCCUCUUCCUCACCAUGGUCAUCUACCUGAUCAGCGCCGGCGUCAGCCUCAAGCUGUGGCGCCACGAGGCGGCGCGCCGAUACCGCCAGAGCAACGCGCACGAGAUGCAGCAGUCCGAGUUUGGAGCGGUUCGGUCGCUGCUGGUUCCCGCUAGCGCUGCGGCGGGCGCCAACCUCCCCCUGCGGGAAUCCUCCCUGGCAUCCGUCGGGGACGUCCCCAUCGCCGUGGCCCCCAAGAUCCUGCAGGGGGCCAUACCGUCCGGCCACAUCCCCAAGCCGGUCAUCGUGCCGGACUACAUCGCGAAGUACCCGAGCAUCCGCUCGGACGAGGAGCGCGACCAGUACCGAGCCGUGUUCAACGACCAGUACGCAGAGUACAAGGAGCUUCACGCCGACGUUCAGGCUGCCUGCAAGAAGUUUGACGAGAUGGACGCCAUGAUGCGCAGCCUCCCGCAGCAGGCCGGCAGCCAGAUGGAAGCCGAGCGCAUCGGCAGAAUCCUUCAGGAGUUCCAGAGGAAGAAAAACGACCCGACCUUUCUGGAGAAAAAGGAGCGCUGCGAUUACCUGAAGAACAAGCUGUCGCACAUCAAGCAGAAGAUUCAGGAGUACGACAAAGUGGCCGAAUGGAACGACGGCUACGGCUGAAGGGCGGAUGGAGCUGCUGAAUCCCAAAUGUCUUGGGGCUGUCUUCCGUGUUGUUUCAUUGUGCUUUUGACCUUUUGUUCUACCAUUUCACACAUCAAAACGACAAUCGCAAAGCUGGUUGAAAUCCGCCGCCUCCACUUCUUAAUGCGCUGCAAAAAGUCUCGACGCAUGCUAAACGAUGGGCGCGCUCAUUUAAACGAUGCAGAUGCAAACGCUGGGACAAAGCCAAAACCUUCUCUCCUAUUUAACGUCAAAGGCCAGUUUCCAUCACUAGCUCCUGAUCGCGCUGAUUGAAUUCUUUCUGGCCUAAUAUGAAGCGUAUGUUUUUUUAUCCGCGAUGUACAGAGUCUUAACACUGAAUAAACUUCAUGAACGUG